AUGGGGAGCAGGGUCCCCCGCAGCCGCUGGCACAGGUCAGCACUGGGCUUUGAAUACAAGGGUGAGGUGGAGAAACACUCAUCCCAGAAAGAUUACUCCAAGGGCUUUGGUGGCCGUUACGGUGUGGAGAGGGACAAGGUGGACAAAGCAGCAGUGGGAUUCGACUACAAGAGCCAGGGAGAGAAGCACAACUCUCAGAAAGACUAUUCUGUGGGCUUUGGUGGGAAGUUUGGGGUCCAGAGGGAUCGUCAGGACAAGAGUGCCCUUGGCUGGGACCAUCAGGAAGAAGUGCAACCCCACACAUCCCAAACAGACUAUGCCAAGGGGUUUGGAGGCCGUUAUGGGGUCCAGAAGGACAGAGUAGACAAGAGCGCUGCUGGCUUUGAUGAGAUGGCAGCUCCUACCUCCUCAUAUGAGAAGGCAAGACCACUGGAGGCAGCUUCCAGCGGCACCAGCAGCCUGCGGUCACGAUUUGAAAGCCUGGCUAAGGCAGCAGAGGAGAGCAGAGGGCAGGCAGAGGGGGAGCGGGCGAGGCGGCCGGCUCGGGAGCGCCAGGCAGCUCGGCAGGAGGAAAUUCCACAGAGAGAGACGGGCCAUACAGACGCAGCCCCAGCCACUGUGCCAGCCAGGGUACCCGUGAGGGCUGCCCAGGACAGGCCCGUGUCACCAGGAGAGCAGAAGGCAAAAAGGGAGGAUGAGGAAACACCACCCACUUUGCCACCAAGGCCAGCAGAUUUGGAUGAGGAGCUGAGCAAGAUCCCCAGCCAGGAUCAGCCCAUCUACAGUGAAAGUCUGGAUGCCAGUGGAGACUAUGAGGAGCUGCUAGAGCCCUCUGACUACUGUGAUGGUGCUGGUGGAGAUGCUGACUAUGAGGAGCUUCCAGCACCUUUGGGAAAGCUGGAUGACAUCUAUGAUGAUGGAGGAGAUGGAGGUGAGGACUAUGAGGAGAUCCUUCCUGAGCAGCCCAACCAGAGCCAGCCUUAUCUGGGGGAAACGGACAAUGUUUAUGAGGUGGAGAGCCCUGGAACCUGUGCAGUGGCUCUCUAUGAUUACCAAGGAGAUGGAGAUGAUGAGAUAUCUUUUGAUCCUGACGACACGAUCACACACAUUGAGAUGGUGGAUGAGGGCUGGUGGCGGGGGCAGUGCCGGGGCAAAGUUGGCCUCUUCCCAGCAAAUUAUGUGAAGCUGCUACAGUGA